UGUAUAUAAUUACAAACACUUUCAUUAUCAUUAAAAUGAAUUUAAACAUUUUUAAAGGAUAAAACUAUCGAAUGCUAAUUUAGUAACACGUUUUUGAAUUAUAGAUUUUUAAAUUUCAAAUAUAGCCUAAAACAUAGCCUAAAAAAUGGUAAACUAUUAUCAUGUUUUAAAAACUAUUUGCAUUUUGAUUUGUUGCAAGAAACUUAAAGGAGAUAUCUUUUACUAUAUUGAGCCUUAUGGACUUCCAAAUUGUUAUUUUUACAUUCCUAUUGGUUCAAUACAAGUCACUUAUAAUUGCAGUGAAGGACACAAAUUUCUGCUGGUGCCUGGAGUAAAUGGGAAUCCAGGCACAGUCUCUUUUAAAUCAGCAGUUUACAGUGAUAGAUACCUUCGACAUUAUAGUUUUAUAUUUUAUCUUCAAACUUUAUUUGAAUCAAAUAGUGGUCCCGAUGAUCGUUCAUUCUAUAUUCAAAAUAGUACAUUUGAUUCAUAUUUUUUAAUACAGUCAACAAACUUUCCUAAUUGGUUUCUUUGGCGCAAUGGUUUUCAAUUUCAAUUAAUACAAGACAUGACAUUAGCUCCAGAGUCAAGAUUUACUUUUUUUGUUUGUGAUUUAAACGUAAAAACGAUUCGUCGGUUAACCAGAUAUUCGGUCGUUGUGGUAAUUGAUGCAUCAGUUCAUAUCCAAAAUGUAUCAAAAAGUUUUGUAGUUAAGUAUGGAAAAAAUAGCGAUUUCAAGUUAUACAAUGUUUCUGGAAAUUCAGUUAAUAUUGACUUGUUGCAUAACUACACAAUUCAUACGUUUACCGCUGGUGCGAAAAAUGAGUUUGGUAUGUAUGUGUUUGGAAAUACAUCUGACUAUCAAAUUGAUGAAAACAGCACUCAUAUCGAUGGUUGCAUUCAUGGCUUAGUUAAUAGAAAUAUGCUCAACUUAUCGUUUGAGUUAAUUGGGUAUGGUUACAAUAUCACAGUAGAAUAUUUCUUUCCACCUUUUGUUACCUUUAUGUUUGAAAGUGUUCCAUACGGAUUUAUUAAGACUACUUCUAACCAUUAUAAAUAUAUUUUUUAUGGAUACUUUGAAACAAUAGAUGUAAUUACACACAACAUUACACUGAAACUGCAUAAAACCAAAUGCGGAUUACCAAUUGAAAUUCCUGCAAGACUAACUUUUCAAAACAACAUGGGUGUGUUAAAAACGAUAACAAUGUCAAGCAAAAAUAAUGUUCCUUGUUUUGAUAUACCACCAAUUAUACAAAGAGAUCAAAACGCACUACCAGAAUACUAUGGUAGAGGAAUUUAUGUAGAUACUGAAAGUUCACAUAUUUAUUUGUGCAUGAAUCAACAUGUUGAGAGCAAGAAAACUGCAUGCUAUUACUCAAACAAAAUUGGUAACAUGUGGACAGACAUGGAUGUUCGUGUGGGAGCCGUCAUAGGACAUCAUUCACAAACCAAAGAGCUUUAUGCGAUCAAUCGUAAUCAGAAAACAUACUUAUAUUUUGAUCUUUUUUACAAAAAAUGGUUAGCAAUAUCCAAUUUACAAUUUAAUAAAACAGCUUUGAAAAAUUUAAACACUAAUAAAACCGUUAACUUAGAGGGAGAUGAAGAAAAAAUACUUUACAAUGGAUUAAAUCAAUGGAUGGGAAACGUUGAAGGAUUGUUUUAUCGUAAUGAGUCAUCAGGCACCUGGCUGUUAAAAGCUAAAUGGAAACGUUGAUGGAUUGUUUUAUCGUAAUGAGUCAUCAGGCACCUGGCUGUUAAAAGCUAAAUGGUUUUUAUAGACUUAUCGAUACAAUCUUUGUUAUAUAUGUACCAAUGUUUAAAAUUACUUACUAUGAUGGUUUCAGACGAUAAGUUUGAAUUAUGUGCUUUAUAUAACGAUGUUUAAUUUUAUACUUAAAUUGAUAUUUUUGAGGUAAAGAGAAAUAUUUGUGUUGAGCUUUAAACACGGUUUCGAAAAAGAUUAUUUUCAUAUUUUGCCAAUAUGCUCUGAAGUUUAGUUU